AUGAUUAGAUACAGGCCUACAAGCAUCUCGCUGGGAGACGAGGAUCUCCGGUACCACCUAGAAAGGCUGCUUCUUCGCUAUGACAACAUGGCCGAGUGGCAUCAAAAAGCUCUGGACCAUGACAGUUUCAGCGAUGACGAUCUAGCUUUCCUAGGUUCGGACUCGUUCUCCCCCUACGAUGUCUCUCCGCCGGAGUCCUUCUGCAGCUCCGGCCAGGAUUUCCCCGGUCAAAAUUCCUCGCAAGCUGGUCAGGACAGGGAGGGUAGCCCUUAUGGCUCAUCGUCAUUGUUCGAUGAGCCAAUCACUUCAUCAUCCCUAAGGGUGCCAGGUCGGAUCCAAGCCAUGGGAACCACCGGCUCGUCAGGCGCCCAAGGGUCGGGGUCGGCAUCAAGCGCGAUUGCAAGAACAGUCUAUGAGAGUAAUAAUCAGAUGUCCUGGAAGGAGUGUAGCAGACAGUCGUUCAGCCAAUUGCCAGGAGUGCGGGGCGUUGAAUGGCCGCAGCGCCAUUCACUGGCAGGCCAGCCUUUCAUUACAGCAAGCAUACCAUCCAGAUUGGCACAGGAAUUUUUCUGGAAGGAUGCGGGCGAGGGUUUGAGUGUUUCGCCCAGUCACUCGACUUCCCGCCCACUUCACCUUUGCGCCCUAGAACUGAAUCGAGGAUCACUUCUGAUAGGUUCUGGGUUCACCACCAGUCCUCUGCUUCUCAUAAGCACAUCCCAAGUGCAUGACGGGAAGCAAGCAGCAGGUGAUACCGAGACAACGCUAGAAAUAGUCGAGAUGGCUGGUGGUGCAAAUAAAUCGACCAAGAAGACACGCGGCCAGCGGGCCAGCUCCUCCUCGAUGGGGUCUGCUACUGUUCACCACAAUGGCCCUGUAGAAAGCUCAGAUACAGACAUUGAAAAUAUUUCAGCAGCCCCCGUCGCUGGAUUGCAGGAGAGUACUAGACCAAGGCCCACUGAAGCAGAUGAGGCCAAUCCCACUCGAAGGAUGGUCUCGCGGGGCACACAAACUGAACCGGUUCGUCUACCACCUUUGCAGGGCCAUAGAGGAGCAAUCCCCCGUCAGGCUUUGAGUGGCUCGCGAGCUGUCCCGGUAGAGAAAGUCCACCAACGUGAUCAUGAAAACGACACUCGCAAAAAACCCAGAGCGCGGGAGGCGCCCACCAUUUCAGGGCUGCUUCGAGAUAUACCCACGAUGGCGUACGUCCAGAGGGCUCAGAACGCUAGUAGAGCCAAUUCAGUUGCUUCUAUACCAUCUGCAAAUCCACCUGUGCAGGGUGGUAUAGGAAGCAUAGCAGAUCCACAUGGAGAGGUACGUAUGCUUUCACGUAGCCUCCUGCGCUGGCCACUGUUAACACCUGAGCAGAACCGGGCGUCAAUCCACCCGCGUCUAGUGGAGGCCAGAGAGUUCCAAAGCUACGUCAACUUCAUGCUGGAUGAAGUCCAAGAGAAUAUUGAGGAUGGGGUCGAGGACAUUGGAUCGGCGAUGAUGUUCUCGACGAGAUAG